AUGGCGGCCCCAAAAGCCUCGACCGCUGCCGACCAGGCGCCCCUGUUACACUCUGUCGACAGCAGCGCAUCCUCCGUCCUGUCGUCUGCCGCCAGUAGCUACGACGAUGACGGCGACAGCUUCGAGACGCGCCGGCAGCGCCGCGCCUCCGCCUCCCUAGUCCGAAACAUCUCCUUCUUCUCGGCCCUGCUGUCCGCCCUGUGCGCCGGCUCCGUCACCGUCUUCUCCCUCUACGGCCACAUCUUCCAGGAGCGCCUGCGCUACUCGCAGUUCCAGGUCAACGGCGUCGCCAUCGCCGCCAGCAUCUCCAUGUACCUGCCCGUCUCCUUCCUGGGCUACUUCUGCGACCGCGCGGGCCCGGCCCCGCUGUCCUUCCUCGCGGCCUUCCUGUUCGGCGGCGGCUACGGCCUCGCGGCGGGCCUGUACAGGCGGGCGGCCAGCGACAUGGCUGCCGGCGCGGGGAGGGGGGGUGCCGUGGCCGGCGGCUGGUCGUACACGGCCAUGAUCGUGGCGUUCGUCCUGGUCGGCGCCGGCACCAGCGCCAUGUACUUGAGCGCCAUCGCUACGUGUGCCAAGAACUUUGGGAAGGGGAAGCACCGGGGGCUGGCCCUCGCGGUGCCGAUCGCCGCGUUCGGCCUCAGCGGCAUGUGGCAGAGCCAGGUCGGCAGCCGCCUUCUCUGCGAGCGGCUGCCGGACGGGAGCAGGGGCGACGUGGACGUCUUCCGUUUCUUCCUCUUCCUCGCCAUCCUCUUGUUUGUCGUCGGCAUCCUCGGCACCUUUAUGCUCCGCAUCGUCGACGAGCAGGACCUCAUCGACGGUGCCGUCGAGGAGCUGGAGCGGAGCGGUCUGCUUGAUAGCAGCAUUCUGACACCCGGGAGGACGGAGCGGGGAUAUGGCGCGACCGAGCGGUCGAACCCCUUCAACGAGGCGGGCGAUCCGAAUGUCAUGGAGUCGUCCGAAGACCUUGAGAACCUGAAAAAGACAUGGGUCUUGAACGCCGAGACGAAACGGUUCCUCACGGACCAUACGAUGUGGCUCUUGGCCCUCGGUUUCUUCUUCAUGGUCGGUCCGGGCGAGGCCUUCCUCAACAACUUGGGAACGGUCAUCAAGACAUUGUACCCGCCCACAGUGAACUUCCAAGGAGCGCCAACAUCGGCCGCGACGCACGUCUCCAUCGUCGGCAUCACGAGCACCGUAGCCCGCCUGCUCACGGGCUGUCUCACCGACUUGCUGGCGCCCAGCCCCCAGGCCCGGCACAUGCAGAUCACCUCGUCGUCGCCCGUCCUCUCCCGGCUGCGCUUCUCCGUCUCCCGCGUCACCUUCCUCCUCUUCUUCGCCGUCCUCCUGUCGGCCGGCCUCGCGGUGCUCGCGUCGGGCCUCGUCCAGAACCACGGCGAGCGCUUCUGGAUCGUCUCGGGGCUCGUGGGCGCCGGCUACGGCGCCGUCUUCAGCCUCACGCCCAUCAUCAUCACCGUCAUCUGGGGCGUCGAGAACGUGGGCACCAACUGGGGCAUCGUCGCCAUGUUCCCGGCCCUCGGCUCCACCAUCUGGGGCCUCAUCUACUCGGCCGUGUACCAGGCCGUCGCGCGCAGCCCCGCGCCUGCGGACGGCGGCGGCCCCUCGUCGUCGCACGACGAGGACGAGGAUCUCUUUUGCUAUGGCACGCGUUGCUAUGCGCCUACCUUUUGGGCCAUGACGUUGAGCGUCUGGAUCGCAUGCGGCUUGAUCUUGUGGGCCUGGAAGGGAAAGAAUGGAUGGUCUCGCAGGGGCGUUGUCGUAUAA